GGUGACAUGUUACAGAGUAUUGGUUCCACUGGCGCUCUCUACUCCGACGACACAGCACAGCCUUAUCCAGGCAGCACAGGAAUGGCUCAGAUGGGAGCAGCUAAUCUAUUGGCGACAGCAGAUACAGGGCUGUCAUCGCAAGCAUCGGGAACACCGGAUGAUCUCGAGAAGCAUAAGGAAUCGCUGAAGCAGACCAGUCUCCAAAAAAAAAAAAGUGCAAGUGCCUUAAGUGAGGCAUACGAGGAGCUGGCUAAAAUCUGCAGUGCCCACUUAACCAACCGGAAGGAGAAAACGAAGCAAACGAAGCUCGAGAUACUUCGGGAAGCGAUUCAGGUUAUUCAGGCUCUCAGAGACGAGCUUCAAAGUAAAAACGACGACCUGAUGGCUGACCUGAUGGCUGAGUUUUUGGAGCAGUGUAAGGAAGAAGGCCAAGAACCAGAGAAUUAGCUCUGCCUCAGGCAGGGUUGAUCAGGGAAUUAGCUCUGCCUCUGGCGGGGUUGAUCAGGGAAUUAGCUCUGCCACUGGCGGUACUAAUCAUGUCGAGGACGAGCACGACAAUGAAAGUUCCGGUGGUGCAAAGGGAGCGGGACUAUAAAUAUUGAAAUCAAAAUGACAAUGAGGUAAAAUGUUCGUGCGAUGACAGUGUGCCUGCUGCCGUAUCGUGAAUCGGUUUCACCGACAGGCUGCUGUGCCUCAGACUGAGUAAGAAUAUCUGGGCUCCUGGCUGCAGAUGCGCGGGCAUGAUGUGAAUGUCGAUGCUAUGAACAAGAUGAGCUCGUUGAGCUGUCGACGAUCUUGCCUUCUACAUGUGUUUUGUCCAGUGUUUUGUCCCAUGUUUUGUCCAGUGUUUGGUGCAGUGCGUGUGUGCUCCAGCAAUGCUUGUUCUCCAAGCUGAUAUAAUGCCUAUUGCUGCUGCUGCUAUCAAUAUUAUGUGUGAUGUCAAUAAAAACAAAAAUAUAUAAAAAUGGACUCAGAUGGACCUUCCCCUCCUUAUGUUACUUGUAGUUCCUUGGUCCUUUUUUUCUUUACUAUACAAAAUGUAAAAACAUCAGUUGCCACGGUUACUAUGAUUGUGAUUCGUUUGUACGUUUGAGUAAAUAAAGCAGUGUGAACCGCCAGAUGACGGGAUACCUCAAGAUCCUCAAACCUUUCCAGGCAAAUAAUGUUCCUGUUUGUAUUUUAUUUAUAUUUUAUUUUAUUUAUUACAGCAUCUCAUAGCACAGUGAGAACACCGGCCAAUACAAAGAGAGAGGGUGUUAGCCAACCACGGCAAGGAAGGGAGAAGGGGAGGAGAAGAAAAAAAGGAACCGGCAUGGAUAAGUAGUGAUUGCAACAAAAUGAGA